UUGAAUCACGGCUUCCCCUUCAUAUGGGUCAUCAUGACAUCAAAGACGCAAAAUGCUUAUGAAGCAUGUUUGCAAUAUGUAAAAACACAUAUUCUGCAUGCGCAUAACAUUCUUCUUGUGAUGAGCGACUUUGAACGCGCAUUGCGGAAUGCUGUUUUGAAAGCAUUUCCAACCGCUCUAAGUACGGGUUGUAAUACCCAUCACGAUCGUGCGAUAUAUAAGAAAGCCAGGGCCCUCCAUCUUCAAAAUUUAUUUCGGACCAACGCAGAAGCCAAAAGUUUUUUCAAAAAACUUUUGGCUCUGGCGUAUUUGCCUGCUGAUCAUAUUGCCAACCAAUUCGAAACUAUCAAGAAUAGUUUAACACCGACAGUCCGAAGACAGCUGAACCCACUAUGCGACUAUUACGCCCGGUAUUGGCUAGGAAUUGUCAAGCCAGAGGGCUUUAGCGUCUAUGGGCUUAGCUGUCGGACGAACAAUAUCGUGGAGUCUUAUCACAGCAGACUUAAGCACAGGAUAGAAGCUCGCCCUGGUCCCUGGGACUUUGUUUGCAAGCUACUCAAACUACAAGCCAACGUUCGAUCGGACAUCGAACACUUAAAAAACAAUGUACCGAUCGGCAGGCACGCACGUUAUUCGACAGUCUUCAAGCAAAAGAAAUUGAUAAAAGCGUGGCGUGAGCUGCACAUGCUUGAAAUUACGGUAAAUGAAUUCAUCGAAAAGGCAGCGGCUUUAAAAGGCAAUAUCGAAAUAAUCAUGGCUAAUCACGAAGAUAUGCAAGAAAAUGACGAGGCUCAUGAACAUGAGCUGCAGGAAACUCCAUUGGUCAAUCCAUUAGAUCCAGAUUUCGAGCGAGAAAUAUUCUCUGAGGAACCACCACGAUGGCUCCUGGACAAUUCCAUAACUUUUCAAGAAAAUGAACAAGUUAUGCCGAUUGUGAUCGAUGACGACUCGGACGCUUCGUCACUUGUUUCUAAUGCCAACAAUGAAGAUGUGGGAAAUUUGCUUCUGGGUGAUGAAGAACGGAGGACAUUCCCACAACCCAACAUAAUUGAAAACCAGCCGAUUGUGAUCGACGACGACUCAGACGCUUCGUCACUUGUUUUUAAUGCCAACAAUGAAGAUGUGGGAAAUUUGCUUCUGGGUGAUGAAGAACGGAGGACAUUCCCACAACCCAACAUAAUUGAAAAUCAGCCGAUUUUAAUCGACGACGACUCGGACGCUUCGUCACUUGACAGGAAUGCAAAUCCGCUUCCAAGGCAAAGGAGAGAGGAAAUUACUCCAGACCCUCCAACCUCUUCGACAACACAGGCGUUGAAGAAGCAAAAACGCAACAAGCGUCGAAAAGAUAUGAGAAGAAGAGCGAUUGUACGAAGACAAGAUGGUUCAAAUUCGGGAAAUAUCGAACUUGAGCAGCAGUUAAGUACAGCAGGGAACCGGCUCCAAAAUAUGCAGAACAACGUCUGCAAGGUGUGUCUAUUGACAUCGGCAACUCAUAUUUACUGGCCGUGUGGGCAUUGCUGCUGCUGCUCUACGUGCGCAGACAUACUGUGGAACGAGUAUCGCGAACGGCGCUGCCCAAUAUGUCGGACAGUAGCGUCCGAAGCCCCUCGGAGGGUGUUUCAACCAGAGGAUUUUUAAAAAAUAUAAAAAAUAAAUGCCUUUCCCAAGUU